AUGGAGUCGCUGAACUUCAAUCAAAUCAACGAAUUUGAUUUAUCAAAGGUAUGUCAUAUUUGUGAAAAGCCGUUCGCGCGCGAAGACGUGAAACACCGUAAUCACUGUCAUUUCACAGGAAAGUACCGUGGUCAUGCGCAUCAAAGCUGUGAUCUUAAUUAUCAAAACUCGCAUAUCAUCCCAGUGAUAUUUCACAAUCUGUCGGGUUACGAUUCGCAUUUUUUGAUUAGAGCAUUGGCCACAACUUUCCAGGGUACUAUUCAGCUUUUACCCGUGAACAAAGAAAAGUACAUUUCAUUCACAAAACAUGUAACGGGGAUACAUAUAAAGUUUAGAUUCAUAGAUUUGUUUCGUUUUAUGCCCAGCAGUCUCGAAAAAUUGGCAACAUAUUUGAAUGACAAUCAGAAAGCAAUUACACGUAAAUUUUGCACAAGCUCUGAAAAAUUCGAGUUAUUAACCAGGAAAGGUGUUUUUCCGUACGAGUACAUGGAUAGUUGGGAGAAGCUCGAGGACGUAAAGUUACCACCUGAAGAAAAAUUUUAUUCAAAAUUAAACAACCAAGAUAUUUUGGAUAACGAUUACGCACACGCGUGUGAAGUUUGGCAAGCUUUUAACCUUAAAACAUUGGGGGAAUAUUCAGACUUAUAUUUGCAAACUGAUGUUUCUCUGUUGGCUGUCGUUUUUGAAAACUUUCGACAAAAUUGUUAUGCAAUGUACAACCUGGACCCGUUACAUUAUUUUACAGCACCCGGUCUCUCGUUUGAUGCAAUGUUAAAAUGUACCAGUAUCGAACUCGAGAUUCUCACCGAUAUAGAUAUGCUUAUGUUUAUAGAAAAAGAUAUUCGAGGUGGUGUGUCCCAAUGCUGUAAUCGAUAUGCAAAGGCUAACAAUAGAUACAUGGGACAUGCUUUCAAUCUAGCGCUCGAAGAGUCUCAUCUCAUAAACUUCGACGUUAACAACUUGUACGUUGCGGCUAUAAGCUUUGAUCUGCCAUGCAGUUUUUCCGAAUGGAUAAUAGAUUUCAGACAAUUCGAUGUUUUUGCGAUCACAGACGGAGCGGAGUUUGGCUACAUAUUGGAGAUAUAUUUGGGAUAUCCUGAGGAACUGCAUGAAAUGCAUAAAGAUUUACCACUGUGUCCGGAACACUACAUACCUCCCAUCUCAGAAACUAAGAAGCCGAAAUUGACGACCACGCUACUUUCCAAGCAAAACUGCAUUGUUUAUUAUCGCGUCUUGAAACAAUGCUUAGAAUUAGGUUUAAAAUUAGUUGAAAUUCAUAGAGUUCUCAAGUUUAGACAAACACCGUGGCUCAAAAAACAAUGGAAAAUAUCAGAAAGUAGAGAGAGCAGGCUGAUCACGAAAUGGGAUGGAAGAUAUGGUGCUAGAGCUACUACAGCCACUACAGCCAAACCAAAUUUCCACAGCUGCACAAUCUUUGAUAAAGAUAUGAUAAUAGUUGAAUUGCGUAGAACGACAGCAAAAUUAAUGUACACUGACACGGAUAGUUUGAUAUAUCAUUCCACCGUCCCCAACAUUUACAAAUGCAUCAAACAAGACUUGGAUAAAUUUGAUACCUCCGAUUAUCCACCUGAUAAUGCCUACGGAAUGCCGUUGGUUAACAAAAAAGUUCUGGAUUUGAUGAAAGAUGAGUGUAACGGAAAAAUAAUGGCAGAAUUUAUUGGCCUGAGAGCAAAGUUGUACUCAUUUAGAGUGAUGGGGAAGGGUGAGGAUAAAAAACGAGCCAAGGGUGUCAAAGGAUCCCUGUUAAAAACUUUACCCUUCGAUGAUCACUUGAAGUGUGCUUUAGAACACGAGAAUUUAGUCGAAUAUCAGAGUCUGAUACAGAGUCAGAAGCAUCAGGUCCAUACUAUCAAACAGAAAAAAGUAGCACUGAGCUGGAACGACAAUAAGCGUAUCGUAUUUCGAAACACAUCUGAUACGCUGCCGUGGGGCUACAAGACCUGCAGUUAA